UAGCAUAUUUCUAUGAAAUCUUUUGAUGGCUGUCUGCUGUCUGCUUAAGUGGGCAUUGAUGGCAUGUUAAUUUUUAAAAAGUUUGUACUUCAAAUAUAGGAACUAUCUUGCUUUCGGCGGAUUAUUCUCAGUUGGAACUUCGAAUAUUGGCGCAUUUGAGCGAAGACGCAGGUCUUUGUUCUGUUCUAGCCAACCCGAUGGCGAUGUUUUCCGCGGCAUUGUAUCGGUUUGGAAAAAGAAAAAGCAAGAAGAAGUCAGAGACGAUGAAAGGCAAAAAGCGAAACAAAUCUGCUACGGGAUUGUUUACGGCAUGGGAUGUAAAAGUUUAGCCGAACAGUUGGAAGUCGGGGAAGAAGAGGCUCAACUCUUUGUGAACACUUUCCACGCAAGGUAUCCUAGUAUACAAAGCUUUAUAACAAACACAGUUAACCAGUGCCGCACGAAUGGAUUUGAUGAUGUUGAUGCCUAAUUUUCUUGACAGGUCAACCGAUGUGGAAAAAAAUUCAGGAGGAAAAUGAAUUGAGCUGCUGACAUUGGCCUAUUCUGGAAUACAUCAGUUUGCAUCAUAAUCAGAAAGUGAUUUUCGUCAUAGUAGUCAUAGCGUAGUAAGGAUUCACUAUGGAGGUCCCUUACAAGUUAGAAGUGAUUGCUUUGACUACAAUCAUCAUUAAACUGGGUGUCUCAGUUUUCCCAUAUUCUGGCAAAAAUCAACCUCCAAAAUUUGGAGAUUAUGAAGCUCAAAGACAUUGGAUGGAAAUUACGGUUAACUUACCCAUACAGGAUUGGUAUAGAAAUACAACAGACAAUGAUUUAUUGUACUGGGGACUGGAUUACCCUCCUCUCACAGCAUAUCAAAGCUACCUAACUGGAUCGGUGGCUAAGAAAAUCAACCAAGACUAUGUAAAACUCCAUGUGUCUCAGGGAUUUGAAAACUUUGACCACCAAUAUUUCAUGAGGAUGUCCGUCCUUGUGUCUGAUUGUAUUUUCUUUGUCAGUGCACUUUAUUUUUACAUUAGAAGCUUGAAGAUGAGUAAUAAGUACAAAUGGGUUUUCUUUGCUUUGUCCUCACACUCUGGACUCACCCUUAUAGAUUAUGGUCAUUUUCAGUACAAUUGUGUUUCGUUGGGGUUGACCUUGUGGGCAAUCAUUUUUGUUUCUCAGGGAAAGAAUGUGUUAGCAGCAAUUGCCUUUUCAGCUGCCUUAAACUUUAAGCAGAUGGAGUUGUAUCAUGCAAUACUUCUAUUUGCUGGCUUCUAUUUGCUGGCUUCCUGUCAACCUAAAGGUUCCUCACUUCCCUCCCAACUAAAGAAUUUGGUCCAGAUUGGCGCUGCCACAGUGGCGACCUUUGCAAUCAUUUGCGUGGAAUCUUUGAAGACUAUGUCGCCAAUUUUUGGUGCACGCUAAAUGUUGUGAUCAAAAUCAAACGACUAUUAAACCCAACCUCAAUCACCUCGGGAACUAUCACCUAGGCCAUGCCCGUGCCUGAAAGAAAAAGUCAGGACGUUGAUUCGAACGGAUUCGAAUGCAACGAGCACUAAGUACGGUCACAUUAUUGGAGGAAUGACCGUGUGCUUGGUUCGUGAUUUGGAGUCACAAGUGAUAGCUGCAAGCUGAUAUCACUCGAACCACUGCACCAACCCGACUAAGCGUAUACUUACCUAUCAUACUUACCAUACGAAAUUUGCUUCAUCAAGUCUUUUAUACUGUCUCAUAGAUGAUCGAAAAAAGCUGCAGCUCAUUAUGGCGUCAGUUUAGCUUUAAUGCUAAAUUUCGCAAACACGGUGAACUAGAUUGACAAUAAUAAAAAAUGAACUUUAUUCGUCA